CACAAACAGAAACAUUCACCAACACCCGACACCCACCCUGUAAGUCACCAUUGAACUGAAGAAGGCCGAUUGAUAGAACAUCGCCCUUUGUUUGUACACAAGGCAUGUGCACACACACUGGACGCACCCCAGUCCCUUUCUCAACGACACAACACGUGCACGGCCCUGCUUACAAAGAUCCCGCUCCAUCCAGCCUGGUCUCUGUCUCUCUUUCAUCAUCCCCAUCUCUGGCUGCUGUCAGCCAGCUGUCGGCGCGUCGGCAUCGGUCAGAGGGGGGGUGUGGGGGCUGGACGAGGGGAAGUUCUCGGACGGCACGCCAGGCCGCUCGUUCGCAAACGUGAUAAUGUUCUCAAUGUGCCUGCGAGUAAACAGCACACAGGGAGGGCAAUCAUGUCGGCCGGCAGAGGAGGGGUGUGUGUGUGAGGCGAUCUGGUCAACUUGGUCUGCGGGAAGAUGUCCACAGGCUGGAUGUCGUCGAUGCGGUAGCCAUUGCCCAGGAAGUCUAUCGUGUCACGGGCCUGACAUGGACAAACGUGGCAGCACCACGCAGGCGCAUGUGUCGCAUUGUCUGUUCACCUGUGUAGCGGGGUUGCACGACACGUACACCACACGGGCGGGGCUCAGCCUACGCACACACACACACACACACACACACACAGAGGGAGAGAGAGAGGGGGAUGAAGGCGCAUGGCAGACGGAGAGGGGGAUGACCCACCUGAAGAGUUGUCUGAGAAACGAUCGGUCGCAUCCCUUGCGGGGCGGGUCGAUGACGACGGCCAUCGACGGAGAUGGCAUGGCGGGCAGCGAGGGGUCACCACUCAACGCCCCUACAUACGCCCACACACAAAGCACACCGACAUCCACGCAGCCGACGAGCGCGUCAGUGCCCAUCCUGCGUGCCGACCAAAGAUGGCCUGUGCGUUGCCGAGAACGAAUCGACAGUUAUUUGCACCGUUCUCGGCAGCGUUCCUGCGGGCGGCCUGGGCGAAAGAGGCACCACAGACAUUAAGGAAGAGGUCGUUUCCGUGACUCUCCCUUGCCUGGCUCUCUCCUUACUUACUUCGACGCUCUCGCCCUGCACCUCUACACCAACGACCGUCUGACAGAGAGAGAGAGAGAGAGAGACAUGCAAGAGAAGAGCCUUGAUGCGCUGAGAGAGAGAUGAGUGCAGUGCGUCAUGGGAUCCCCCACCCACCUCCAAGUGCGCGUGUCCACAGAUGGCGAACAGGCCGACGCCGCAGUAGCAGUCGAGGAGGAAACGGGGAGGGGCGCCGUCGCUCAGAGGCUCACGCAGCCUCGCAUUCACAUACUCCACCUGCACACGCCCACACACCCACCCACCCACCCUUCCUGAGUGAGGGUGCAUGCGGCUGUCCAGGACCCGUUGCUCACCAUUCGCGGUAGGACGAAUGGGUUGUUUUGGAAGAAGCUGCCAGCCGUGUACCAGAAGCGAUAACGGCCCACCUGCAGGCGCACAGCCACACCAAGCCAACAGUGACAAGAGCCCAUCUUCCCUCCUGGUGCAGGUCGGUCUCACCUUCUCUGAGCACUCCUGUCGUGGGUCGGUGACGACGCCCUGCUCUGAAGGACGACACGAGCAUCACCCGAUCACUGCAUGUCUUCCUCCCACCCACCAACCCAUUCCACUCGCCUGUUGCCCUCAGCAGGAGAGUGCCGCCUCGCGCCUUCCUGAUGCCGUGGCGCUCCGCUUCAACGGCACGCCUGACAUGAAAGGAUAUGGAGGCACAAACCACAUAGGCAAGGAGGAUGCACGUGCCCAUCCACACGCCGUACCUCCGUUUCUCCACUACUUCCUGCCUCGUCUGUGGGAGCUGGUCGUUGAUAGCGUCAAGAGCGAUAGGACAGUGUGGCACGUCCACUAUCUGACACACAUCGACACGGGUACACAAGGGUGGUCAAUCACCUCCUUCCGUCCCUUCGCACCUGUCUGCUGAACUUCGAGUUAAAUCCGAUCGGUCCCCCGCCCUCCUGGUCCCUCCUGGGCCGGUCGUAGUGCGGGGUGAGCUUCGACCGAUAGCCAAACGCAUCACCGGUCCCCAGCACUGGGUUGACUUGCACGUCUGGCGGGAGGCCUGCCAGCCGAUGAAGCACCUGCUGCACAUGGCCCCGCUUCAACUCACGCUGAGAGAGACCAGGAAACACAGCACCCAUCAAGACAGUUUACACAUGUGCCCGCAGUCUGCCUUUUCGCGCACCUGUGCCUCGAGCGUCAUGUGCUGAUACUGGCAGCCCCCACACGCACCGAAGAGCUUACACUGAGGCUCGAUGCGGUUGGGCGAUGCCUCAAGUACCUCCGUCAGCACGGCAAACGAGUAGUUCUGGAAGUUGCGAUAGAUUUUGACGCGCACGCGCUCGCCGGCGAUCACAUCACGGACCAUCACAACCCAAGUUUUCCCGUGCUGUCCAGGCAGUUCCACCCGCCCGAUGCCGUGUCCGUCGUUUGUGACGGUCUGGAUGUCCAUCGUCAGCUCAGUGUGAUAGGCGAAGGGCUGAUCCUUGAAGCCCGGAGGGCCAGUCGGAGCCAGCACUGCCCAUUUGGCGUCAUCAAUGGCCUCCCUCGUCGCCGCAUGACUCAUCAACAGCUGCACUUGCCGCCUUCUGCGUUUCCUUCGACAAGCUAGUGGCGGCCUGGAUGCGGUCAGGAAGGCUUCUCUUCGUCGUUUGCGGCACAUGGGGAGCGUUGGAGGGGCCACAGCCGCAAGAUCCUCCGUUGGUGAUGAGUCAAUAGCAAAAGUGAGGGCGAGAAGGACAAUGAAACGAAUCAGCAGCAUAUCCUCACGCCACGACAGCCUCUCCGCAGCCGAGAUCUGCUCGUUUC